UCCGAACGGCAACGGCACGGAGCUUCACUUUGUUCAACCGGCACCUGGUCUGCCCCGGUACCCGUCACCAUCCGAGCAAACAGUCAUCAGUUAGGAAUCGGCAAAGCUUUCUUUUGCCGGGGGUUGUUUUAAAGCAACCAUCAAGUGCGCCAUAAACGAUUCCCGAUUUCAGCGAACCCAACCGCCGAUUUGCGCUUCGUUUCAAGUCAAGCAGUUCCUUGAACAUGGCGCGCUCGACUGCUUCGAAGCUUGCCCGAGUCGCCUGCCGAGGCCUGCAGAGCACGCGCACAGCACACACAGCGCUUCCGAGCAUCUCGGCGGCGCCAUCGCUUUUGCACUAUGCGCCUAAGCCGGCCGGUCCUCUCACAGCUCGUCGACCUAUCUCGAGCAGUUCCGGCCUCAAUGGCAUCACGCCAGACGACAAACCGGCCAAGCCCGUCGACACCCCGCCUGUUCCGAGAACGCCGGCCAACAUCAGCUUUAGCGAGUACCACAAUAUCGCGGACGAGUACCUCGAGAGACUACUUACCCGCCUGGAAGAGCUACAAGACGAGCGGGAGGACGUCGAUGUCGAGUUCUCGUCCGGCGUCCUGACCCUCUCUCUCGGGCCCGAUGUCGGCACCUACGUCAUCAACAAACAGCCGCCCAACAAGCAGAUCUGGUUGUCGUCGCCCAAGACGGGCCCGAAGCGCUACGACUACGUCGUGUUAGGGGAAGGGCAGCACGAGAAGCAGGACACGGCGACGGGCGACUGGGUGUAUCUUCGGGACGGGUCCACCCUGAAUGAGCUCCUUAAGAACGAGAUCGGUAUUGACUUUAGCCUGUCGGACGCCGAGCUUGGCAGCUAGCGGCGCUAGGCGGCGAUUUUGAUCGGCUUUGUGGGAAUAUUUUUCUUCCUCCCUUUCCUUUCGAGCCGUGUCUUAAUGUUUAUGAAGGUAUGUUCAGCGGGUUGGUCAAAGGAAUGAAUGCAACAGCCAGUUUUUAACCUGAGGCCGGAGUUACUUGACUGAGGAGCUAGGUUCAAGACACGGUGGGGGUACUAAGUGUAUAAUAUCGUGCUAUGACUCGCGUGUUCUGUGAUCCAGUGCUCCCUCCUUCGUUCGCAGAGCUGAGUUACGUUCAAGUUGACUGGUGCUUUGGCGCCUAAGGCGGUUUGUGUUUGCC